UUCCACAUGUUACUUGUCUCAUCAGAAAUAUUCUCAGCCUUCCUGUUGACAGUGAACCUGUGGGUGUUCAGACAGAUAUCACUGGAUCACUGUGAUACUGAACAGAACUAUUGUAUUGAUUCUAUUCUGAGAGAAACUGGGCUGUGUGAACUCGUUUCCUCUUUGCUCCCUUCCCUCAGCCACUCCUCCAGUUUUCCUCUGGAAACACAAAAUGAUGUGAAAAGAUGUUAUUUACACAUUUUUAAAGGAAAACUCUGACGUCCUCAGCUAUAAUGAAGAUGACAACUCCACAAAUCUGCUUUGAAAUUCUUGAAAAGUCUCUCCUAACGUGCAGAACCUGCCUGAGAAACACCAUGUUUUUAAGUUCUCUUCAGUAUCACAGUGAUCCAGUGGGAGCUGUCUGCACCUCCACAGCUGCACUGCUAACAGGAAGUGCUAACAGCUGAUUCUGCUUCUGUUCUAAUGGAGUUUUGGAGCAUUAUUUAUUUUUUAGUUGUUUCUCUGCUUCAAAUCAAGUGUCAGCUGCUUCAGUUGUUCAGCAGAACACUGCAACUCUGUUUUACUGUGAAGCUCCAGAACUGUUCUGUGGACUACGACACCUGACCUGACUUCAUGAGACGGAGGAAGAGGAGGACUGGAUUCACUUUAUCAGUGAACUGUUCCUUUAAUAAUGUCUGACUUCCUCUGUAUGGCUCAUUGGUCUGUAAGUCUCUAAAAAGUCCUGACAGUCAUAAAGCUUAUUCGUUGAACACGUGAGUAAUUUUAUCAAACAUCGUCAGCUGUGAGGCUAAAUGCUAACAUGUAGCCUCACAGCUGUUAGCAUGCAUGUAGACUCCUCAUCAGGUUCUGCUUCAUCAGAAGUUAUCGUCUCUUUCAUGCAGAGGACAGAGGACAGAGUAUAAAUCUCAGGCUGGAUCUGUCUGACAUUAACCGAAGAACCAUGUGGUUCAGUUUUUCCAGUGAAUUUCAGGAGAAACUGACUGUAAUCUUACAUCACUGAGAAAACACGACUACAGCCAAGUUAGACUGAGGGCCAGUGGAGCAGAAGGCUGAGCGAGAGCAAAUGUUAGAGCAAAGAGCUGUAAUUUUAAAACUAGUUCUUAUUUAAAGUCAUCCACAGGGAGAUCAAGUCUGAAGAAGAAACUCACAAGUGUUGAUCAGAGUCUGUCUGAUUCAGACGUGAUGUAUCAUCUGAUAUUUAGACUCUCAAAGUUCACCGACUUCACACUGAUGUCAGCACGAAGGAUUAAAACGAGGCGGGAGGCGUCAUCGCUCUGAGUGUGAUGUUAAAGUCAGCAGCGACAAUAUUUGGCCGUUAUAAUACCAAAGGACCCUACAGAACUAUUGCAACAUAACUAUCCACCCAUACAAAAAAGAAUUAAAGAUGGAAUCUAAUCCCAUACUUAAUGUUAGAGCCAUGAAGAACAUGAGACUUAUGUUUGCAUUUUGUGACUAAUUAGUUAAUAUCUAUUUUGCUUUAAUUUGUAAGGAUUAAUCAUGACUGAUAUUCUGUUUCAUCUUAAGGUAAUUAAUGUCUGUUCUGUAGAUAAAUUUUUAUUAUGCUUUCAUUUUGUACUGCUACCACAAACUGUUAUUGCCAUAAAGUGCAGCUUGUUGUAGAUAACGGUAGUAAAACUAGCCAUGUGGGCAUCUCUGUUUUUUGGGGGGUAAUUAAGGUAUCGGAGCAGGACAGGAGCAACAAUUUUCUGACCGUAGCUUAACUGUCAUUUAGACAUAAGGGCUCCGUUUCUCUUUUCUGUCGAUUAGUUUAAGGUGACAGACUGGAUACCCAAGAUUUUGUUUGGAAACCUUUGUUACAUCAGCAGAUACUAACCUGUCAUUUUUUGUGAGCAAGACACGUCUAAUCAAUCUGUGCACUCCAAGUCACACUUUGAACGACGGUCCCUUUUAUUGUGCAUAAUGGAGCUGAAACAUAUAAAGAUAUGUUAAAAUAAACUAUAGGAAUAAAUCAUAUAAAUAUAGGCUAGAAUAUAUUAAUGUGGGAAUACAAAGGUAAAUAAACACAAGAAUCACAAUUUGUCUCAUUUUAUGAAUUAAUUAAUGUGCUCCAGAACAUUUAUCGUAACCGGGCCCACAGCUUCAUCUGUACUUGACUCAUGACAAUUCACACACUUGUUGUAACUGAAAACAUAAAAUACAUUGUACACUGAAACUGUAACAGAGAAAGUCUCUGAUAUCAAGCUUUACUUAAUGAUUCAAUUCUAAAUAAAUGGUAAAAGGUACGUCGUGGUUCGUCUACGCCUGACGGAGUCACAGAGAGCUUUAAUCAGCAGUGGGAGUUUAAUGUGCUCAUCACCAGAGAAGUGAGCUGGAUCACAGCAGCCAACAGCCAGAUUACUUUACUGCACAUCCGCUGUAAACUGAGUUGACUUCAAACCGGACCGGACAAGCAGGUCGUACCUCACGUUCCUGACAUUCCUGACGUCACCUGUCGGAGCAGUUUCCACCAAUCAGCAGCUCCUGCUGAUCUGAAGCCCCGUCUGUCACCACUGCUCCCACACUCAUAUCUGCUGCUCUACCUGAAACAUCCACACAGCAGGUUUCAAGUCGUAUCCUCGUCAUGGCCCACUGCAGCAGAACUGUGGCCGAUAUAAAGAGGUCCAUUCGGUCCGGUCAAUACCUCAAUUCAAAAGGCACCACAGAGUUCUACGACUGCUGGGCCCAGACGUACGAGUGGGAUAUGAUGCGGAUCGGCUACAGACCAGCACAUCUGGCUGUAGAUUUCCUGAAUGCCAACUUCUGCGGGAGGCGUGAGGAGGUUCAGGUUCUGGACGUCGCCUGCGGCUCUGGACUGGUCGCUAAACUGAUGUCUGAACUGGGCUUCAGGCACUUUGUGGGAGUGGACGGCAGUAAAGGCAUGCUGGACCAAGCUGCUGGGACCGGACUGUACCAGGACCUCAGGCUGGCCUUACUGGGAACAGAAGGACUGCCUGCAGAGACUGGUGUGUUUGAUGUGGUGAUCCUCGUCAGUGCUCUCAGUCCUGGUUUUGCUCCAGUCAGUGUUGUCAGGGAGCUCUGCCACGCCUCCAAACCAGGAGGUUUCAUCUGUAUAGCAAAAGGUUCAUACCCAGGAGCAGAAGAAGAAAUAUACAAGAAGGAUCUGGAGAGAGAGCUGCAGCUGAUGGAGGACGAGGGACUGUGGAGCCUGGUGGGAAUCAAACCGACAGACAGAUACAUGGAAAACGCAUUUGUGACCACUGAGGCAGACGGGAAGGAUGAGCAGGAGGAGCGCUACAUCAGAGGGAACGUUUACCUGUACAAGAAAUCCAUCAGUACAUCGAUUUAAAUCAAUGAUUAAUCGUCCACUACAGAGGAGAUGCAACGCUCAACAGAAAAAUAAACCGAUUCAAAAUAUUGAGUUACAACAAAUAUGAUUCAUACACACUGUGUGACAUCCACUGUAACAGGUCAGGAGUAAACAUCUCUCAAUAAAUGUUAAAAAUACGA